GCCCAGUACAUCCUGAUUCACCAGGCCCUGCUGGAGCACAACCAGUUUGGAGAGACGGAGAUCAGCCUGUCUGAGCUGCACAGCACAAUGAGCACGCUCAAAGAGAAAAACGUGGACGACGAGCCCACGCUCAUGGAGGAGGAGUUUGAGAGACUCCCCACCUUUAAAAACUGGAGGACGCUCAACACAGGCGUGACCGAAGAAAACAAGAAGAAGAAUCGUUCUCCGUCCGUCAUCCCCUAUGACUUCAACCGCGUGUUACUGAAGCUGGAUGAAGGACGAAGUCAGGACAGUGACCCCGACGAAGACGAUGAGGAGGAAGAUUCUUCAGAUGAAGAGGAUGAAGACUCCACUCAAUACAUCAACGCCUCGCACAUCACGGGAUACUGGGGCUGCCGAGCCUUCAUAGUGGCGCAGACCCCACUGGCGGACACCACGGGGGACUUCUGGUCGAUGAUUCACCAGAAGAAAGUUUAUACUGUCAUCAUGCUUUCAGACAGCAGUGAAGGAGACGCG